ACACUACACCCUCCGCCCACAUGGUGGCGUCUCCUAGGUUUCGCGUCACCUCUAAUCGGAGUUAUCGCCUGAGUGUUUCAAGUCCUGUCAGCGAGGAUUGACUGGUACGCGGUCACCCGCCAUGGAUACCCACCGGGUACAGUUGUGGGCAAGGAUGGACCCGUUUUUAAUCGGAGUCUUGCAGUUUCCCCCGCCGGCUAAAUUCAACCUUCACUACCUGAGGAAGAUGGCAACGUACGUACGGACUCGGACAGUGGACGGCUGCUUCCCGCGCCUCUACUGGACUAUGUGGCGGCACAUCGCCUGUGGGAAGCUGCAGCUGCAGGAGGACAUGGCGUGGCUGUACUUCGAGGUGUUCCACAGCCUGUCCGAGCGCACCGCGAUAAAGAGUCUGGAGUGGGCUGAGGCGGCCUCCAGCUGCAAGUCGGUGGAAGAAUACGAGAGAGUCCGGAGUAAGCUGUCAGUAGACACCCUGACAUUCCUCCUGUUUCUCUAUAUUCAGCAAAUAAAUAAGGUUUCUUUACGAACUUCUCUGAUUGGUGAAGAGUGGCCAAGCCCUAGAGCUAGAUCUUCUAGUCCUGACUUAGCUGGACAGUCUAACUUUCAUAAGAACUGGGAUGAUUAUAGCCAACAUGCAUUCAUACAGAGCCAUAUGCCCUAUCUAUUGGAGUUGCUUUUGGAUCCAGAUCAGCUUACUAAAUCAUACCACUCAAGUGAAUGCAGCCUGUUGUCCAUUGGUGCAGCCAAAGCACUGGGCUUUCUCAUUGAGGGAACAAUGGAUAAAAAUAGGACUGUCCAUCUUUUUCCUGAUUUGGCUACAUGGCAGCCUUUACAUUCUAAAAGUGGUUACUCAAAAACAACCGAAUCAUUUUCACUGAGCAAGCUGCAGGCAUGGAUAAAGGAUAGCCUCAUGGUAAACCCAUUUGGAAUGUCAGCCUGUGUCAGGUCGGGUAAAACGUUAGCAUGGGCAGAGCAAAUUGAUGGAUCGAGUAGAAGGGCAAAGAUUGCUUGCAACAUUUACAAAGUUCCACCUGGUAAUCCAAUGGUUGUCAUGAGUCACAUAUGCAGACAAACAUUGGCAAAAAGUUCUGAAACACUGGUCAAUGCACGUGUAAAAAUAGUUAACUGCAAUGAAUCCUAUAUAUAUCUGUUAUCUCCUUUAAGGUGUGUGACCAUUGAAAAAUGUCGGAAUAGCACUUUUGUCCUCGGACCAGUGCAAACUGUUGUUCAUGUGCAGAUGUGUGACCAUGUGACAAUCAUAAGUGUUUGUCAGCGAUUGUCAUUGUCCUCUACAACCAGUUGUACUUUUCACAUUCUUACUCCUACAAGGCCUCUUUUAUUUAAUGGAAAUCAGGGUGUCAUUUUUGCUCCAUAUCAUACUUACUAUGCAAUGCUAGAAGAUCACAUGGGACAAACAGGUUUAGCUACGUUACCAAAUUACUGGGACAGGCCACAGUUUUUUUCUGCGGAAAGCGACUCUCAAGUUUGGAAACUCAUGUCCCCUCGUGAAUUUUAUACAUUUUCCGUGCCUUUUGAAAUGGAAGGUGAUACAACUGAAAUUCCUGGAGGCUUACCCCCAGCAUUUCUUAAGGCAAUGGAUCAAAGACAGCAAAAAAUACAAAUGUGGCAGAAAACUGUUAAGGAAGCAAAAUUAAACAGGGAACAGAAAAAAAGGUUCCAAGCACUUGUUGAAUACAAAUUUAAUGAAUGGCUAGUUAAAACUGGAAACAGAUAUCAACUGGAUAGCCUUGUGCCAGCAACUGAUGGUACAAAACAAGCUGCUGGUUGAAGUGUGUAAAUAGUUUCAGCUCAAACAGGUCGUUCUGCUUUUGUAAAAGCCUUCGGGUUGAAGUGUGAAGAUUUGAAAUGUUUGAGGAAUGGAGCACCGAAUUUAACUUCUUACUAAUACUCCUAGUUGAGGUUCCCAUUUUUAUUUUGUAGACCAUUUCAGAAGACCAUUUCACAAUAAGCCAAUACAAAUAUAUGCACUUCUCUUGGCACUUUUUUGGUAAGACAGAUAUUUAUUUUAGACUAGGCAAUGUGCAUAUUAAUGGGAAGGCUGUGAACAUUCCAGAAUAUUAACUUGUACUUUCAAGAAAAUAUAUAUAAUUGAAUUAUUAAAAUGUUUUAUCAUUG